UGGACAAAUUUUCAAACGUUUGCAAUAAUAUAACAUUUUACUAACUCAAAAUGAUUAUUAUAUUGUCAAACUCCACUAUUGUCCAUAUUGGGAUAAUAUUAGCCGCUUGGUCCGUCGUGUUCGAAUGGCCUCUUUAUAGGAUAUGGUUACCGAUUGCAUCAUGCAUUGCUCUCAGGCGCAUAUUAAUCUAUACUAUGUUCAAUCAUAAGACAAUCUUCUAUUAUCUGCUGCAUUACACACCGAUCUAUAUGGCGUCCUAUUCGAAAAAUUUCUUUUACAGUUGGAUAGUGGCUGUGAUUGUAACACUCUGGUAUGAUUUCCAAAUUACCUGGAUUGGAAUGCCAAUAAUGACAAGUGUGGCUGCCCAUACCUACACCAUAACUUAUUAUGAUCUGAUUGUCUGA